AUGGCCAGCAGAGUUGGUGGAGCAGAAUUGAGCCCGGAGAGCAUUCAAGCUCUCCUGGCUCAAGACGCGCCUGGGAAACCUUUGCCUCUUCUUUACUUGAUUGGUUUGGACGAGGAGAAUCCUUGGCGCGCUGCCACGUUCCUGCUGAAAGCUCGCGCUGGAGGCUUCAUGAUCGCUGCUCCCGCCUUAGACGAGGUAGUCUGGAAGGACGUAGCGGUGUCCUGCGAGACAAGUCGGAGACGGCGCGUUGGCGAAGUGAGCCUGCUCCUGGCCGACCUGAGCUGGGCGCACCUGGUUCAUUUUCGGAAGGCCACCGCCGCUCGAGCUCCUCCUGGGUUUCGGCUGCUUGCCAUUCUACAUCAGGACACUGCAGUUCGGCCGGUGCCAGGCUCAGCCCGCAAAGCUGCCGAGGAAUGGGUCAACGAGCAGCUCAGCGAUGCUACUUUCCUGGAGUAUGCCACCGCAGAGGAGAUGCAGGACGAACCGCAGGAGGACGAGGCCGAUCCGGCCGAACAGGCGGAGGAUCUGGUUUCCACGCUCAGGGCCCGAGUUCGGCAGCUGGAGGCGGCACAGGAGGCAGCUCGGACAACCCCAGCGCCUUUUCGUGGGCAACGUCAGACCCGGCCCCUGCUGGACGAUGUGCCGGGCACAGGCGCGGCGCUGACUGCGGAGGACUGGCACAAGCUCCGGGCGGCGGCUGGAGCUCCACCUGCGACGGCUCUGGAAAACGACGAGCUUGCGGAGGAGGAACUCGAGGCGGGGGAGUUGCAACCAGCGGUAACCAGGGGCAUUGCCGCGCGAGACGCUUACCUAAAGCUGUUCGAGAACCCGCUGGACAUGGCAGAGGAUCCGGGGAUGAUGAGACAAUAUGUCGAACGGAAGAUCCCCAUGAAGGAUCUGAAGACUGUGCAGAUCUUUGCUUUCUUUCUGGCAUAUCAGUGGGAGGAUUGCCGCCGCCAGGGCAAUCAACUGGGCGAGGCCUGGGCCGCCAGAGGCCUAGUGAUGGCCGAGCAAAUGGCCAUCGAUCAAGGUCGAACACAACUGGGGUUUCUAUUGAGCGGCCUGCCGGACAUAGACGUCUCCCAUCUUUCCUCGCGGAGAACCGAUGUGAGACCUUAUGGCAAGCUGUCCGCUGCCCCCUGGAUAGCAGCUCAGGUGGCAUUCUUGAAGGACGUCGACUACUUGGAGACGAGAAUGAAGCCGAGCAGAACCACGGGACAGCAAGAGACAAACCCAGACAAAGCAGAGGAUGCGGAGUGGCAGCCGCGACCCAAGCGUCCACCUCGCAAGCCAAAAGCGCUUGCCGACAAGCCAACGGGACCUCAACUCCCAGAGUUCGAGCCACCCACCUUCCGCGGGGUGACGAGCCUUUUGGGCCCGCUUCGCCGCCUGAGUUGGAUCAUGCAAAUCGCUGUGGCCCUGUCCCCCGCCUCGGAGAUGGACAGAGCAAAUGAGGCUUUACUCGCCCCGUCGCCGGCGCAGAAUGCGGGAACUUGUAAGGUUCCCGCAGGGUCGUUACAUAAAGAAGUGGUGGCUAGCCGGAUCAAGUGGGAGAACCCACCUUCCUUUGACCCCAUUCCUUACCUGCCUGACCCAGUGGUUCGCUCUGCUUUCAUCACGCCUGACACUUUGCGCAAAGCUCCAGAUACCUGGCCUACGCUUCCAGCUGCUCAAGUCCGGUGUAGUAGGACCGAAUUGAUUGCUUUAGCUCAAAAGUGGGAUUCUGUGGGGGCCCUUAAGAUUGUACCUUGCGACAGCGUUGACCCUCACGAAGCUGUAGGUCUGUUCGCCAUUUGCAAGGACCGGGAUUGGGAUCGCCUCAUCCUUAACCCCACUGUAGUCAAUUCUCGUAAUCAUGGCUACUCGCACUUCACCAAGUACUUGGCACCUGGAUGCUUGGUUGGUCAGACCCAUUUGGAGCCCAACCAAUGUCUUAGGCUCAGCUGUGAUGAUCUUACCGAAUUUUAUUAUACCUUUCAAGUACCUUCUCAGAGAGCCAUUCGAAACGCCAUCCGCGUGCCGCUGCCCAGGAGUGCUGUGCAACAUUUCAAGGCAUUCAGCCGCUGCCUUGGUGCUGGCCCAUUUUACGUGUGUCUGGCCACAAUGGCCAUGGGAGACUCCCUGGCUGUUGAGGUUGCUCAGCAGUCGCAUCACACCGUGCUAGCUUCCUUGGCUAACGCUAUGAGGCCUUCAGAAAUCGCUGCGUACCGCUCCCCAUACCCUCGGGGGGACACUGCUGAGUUUUUGGCUGUGGACGAUCGUCUGGUUGCCCAGAAGGUCACCUUUGGUGAGCACCGCCAGCAAGCUUUCAAGAGGGACUCCCAAAUCUUUCGGGAUGCCGAAGCUGCCUAUGCUACCGUUCGCCUUGUCCAGCAUCCACGGAAACGAAAGAGGAACGAGACAGCAGGCACGUACCUAGGAGCCGACAUCGACGGCCUUGCUGGGUUGGUCUCUGCUCCUAGGAAUAGGAUAGGGGUCCUUAUGCUGAUCACCUCCGAGGUGGUGCGCCGGGGCUGCUGCUCCGCCAGCAUGCUGUCUUCCUUACUUGGACUUUGGGUUCAUGUCUUGAUGUUUCGCCGUCCUGGCUUUUCACUUUUGUCGGAGUGCUUCAAAGACGCGUGCCACACGCCUCGCGACAAAGUCUUUAAGCUUGGACGCCGCUCCUUGAACGAACUUCAUUCCCUUUGCAACCUUGCACCUUUGUUUCAAGCCGACUUGCGUACCCCCUACUUGCCUCAUAUAUUCUGUAUGGACGCGUCGCCAGGUGGCGCAGGCAUAUGCAUGGCCGACGCACCGGUGCACGUCACUCAAGAAUUGUGGCGGCAUACCGAACAAAAAGGGUACUACACUCGUCUUGAAUCACCUGCGGCAGCCUUGAUCAGGGAACAAGGUCUUGAAUGCGAGGCAGUGUUCGGGCCGGAAGCCUCUCCGCCGAUCUUUGAUGCUGCCAACCUGUCUGUGCCUGUGCCCCGGUACUUCGCAGAAGGGUUGAUCUAUGAUACAGUGGAGAUCUUCUCCGGUGAAGCCAAUUGGUCUUUUGCCCACAAAGCUGCGGGGCUCGAAACGCACCCGGGGAUAGAUAUCGCUGGGAACUCGCUCCGAGUUAUGGACAUCUUGGACGACGCAGUGUUUCAUGAGAUACUAAGCCUGGCCUUGAGGCGUGUCGUCCGCGAAUGGCAUGGAGCUCCACCUUGCUUGACCUUCGGCACUCUGCAAAGGACGGCCACAGUCCUGUCACUUCGUGCCGCGGCCGUUGCUGCCUUGGAUCGUUCGUCUGCACUGGUCCUGCCCGAUGUCAGUGAUGAAGUCUCAGCCUCUCGUCCUUUCCAUGACGACCCGGAAUGGAUCAACGACCUUGCAGAGGAGGCUCGCGCGCUUAAAACCUGGCUCAAAUACCUGUGCCGGCACCACCGCCGUUCCCGCCCAGUCGGGCUGAUCGACAGCAGGGUCUUGCUAGGUGCCGCUGCGAAGGGGCGUUCAAGCAGCCCUGCCUUGGCUCAUGUCUUGCGGACAUCACUGCCUUACGUGCUUGGGGGUGGCCUGUACCCGGGCGGACUGCACGUCUACUCCGCCGCUGACCGCAGUGACGGGCCGUCCCGAAACAGGCCUGUCGACCCACCAUCCAAGCCCCUGCCUGCAUGGUAUGAGCAAUUGUGCGCUGGCGAUUUCUAUCGCUUUGACGUGUGUCUUGCUGCAUCCUCCGUGCCCAAGCAAGCCGCACGCUGGCUUCGGCUGCUGCUGUUGCUCGGGGGUGACAUUGAGAGGAGUCCGGGUCCACCCCCGGUGCCGCGCGGUCCUCUCGACUUGUCGUCCGGCUUUGUAGCGACUACUCGGCACAAGAUGCGCAAAAGCCUCGAUGCCUUUGCACACUGGCUGCGGGAGGAGCUUGGGUUGUCCCUCAACCAAGUUCUCUCCUCCGUCUCGGCAGCAGCUACUGCCCUCAGAGCAUUUGGCCUCCACUUGUAUGCUGCGGGGUUGCCUCGUUACCUGUUGGUGUAUGCCAUCACUUCAGUUCAGGAUGCGUGUCCUGAAUACAGGAAUCAUCUUACGCCGGCUUGGCAGAUUGAUAAAAAGUGGCAGCAUGCAGAACCUGGGGAAUGUCGCCCCGUAAUCUCCAAGCCCAUCCUCCAAGCUGCGGUUAGCUUAGGGUUGCUUUGGGGCUGGGGGGACUGGGUCGCCGUGACUCUCAUAGGUUUCAUCUGCAUGUUGCAUCCGGCUGAGUUUAUCACUCUACAUCGCCGAGACUUGAUUCUUCCUGCGGAUGCUAUGUCCGCGGACCGUGUGGCCUAUAUCCACGUGCGCAACCCCAAGACAGCUCGUUUUGCCAGGCGUCAGCACGCUCGGCUUGAUGAUAACCUAGUUCUUCAGUUUCUUGAAUCCCGGUACGGCUCCCUGCCUCUUGCUGAGAAACUCUUCCGAGGCUCCCUGCACACGUACCGACGGCAGUGGAAUGCCAUCAUGUCGCAUCUGGGCGUUCCCCACACCCAGCAGGCGCGUGGAGCUACUCCUGGAGUAUUGCGAGGCUCUGGGGCCACCUUUUUGUAUCUUGAAACCGAAGACGUUCAACUUGUGGCCUGGAGGGGACGAUGGAGCAAGUUGAAAACUGUAGAGUUUUAUCUACAGGAAGUGGCGGCCCAGCUGUUGCUCCAACAGCUCUCUGCGACCUCGCGGGCCAAGCUUGCCAUUCUGCGUGCUUACGCAUCCAAGCUGGUUGCUUCGCAGAUCGCUUCCUCU